AACCAGGAGCCAGCAGCAACUCCUGAUGCAAUGGUGCAGCCAUUCACCACAAUCCCAUUUCCGCCACCCCCACAGAACGGGAUUCCCACAGAGUACGGGGUGCCACACACUCAGGACUAUGCAGGCCAGACCAGCGAGCACAAUCUGACGCUCUACGGAAGCACGCAGCCGCAUGGAGAGCAGAGCACGAACACGGCCAGCACGCAGAACGGAUCUCUUGCACAGACAGAAGGAGGGGCACAGACAGAUGGACAGCAAUCACAAACGCAGAACAGUGAGAGUACCGAGAGCAAAUCCACUCCAAAACGACUUCAUGUGUCUAACAUUCCCUUCCGUUUUCGAGAUCCUGACCUUCGGCAGAUGUUUGGGCAAUUCGGCAAAAUCCUUGAUGUAGAGAUAAUCUUUAAUGAGCGUGGCUCGAAGGGAUUCGGGUUCGUAACUUUCGAGAAUAGUGCUGAUGCAGACAGGGCCAGGGAGAAAUUACACGGCACCGUGGUAGAGGGCCGUAAAAUCGAGGUUAACAACGCCACUGCGCGAGUGAUGACCAAUAAGAAGAUGGUCACACCUUACGCAAAUGGUUGGAAGUUGAGUCCUGUGGUUGGAGCGGUGUACGGCCCUGAGUUAUAUGCAGCGUCCAGCUUUCAAGCAGAUGUCUCGCUGGGCAAUGACGCCGCAGUGCCCCUGUCAGGAAGGGGGGGUAUUAACACUUACAUUCCUUUAAUCAUUCCAGGCUUCCCCUAUCCAACUGCAGCCACCACAGCAGCCGCGUUUCGGGGAGCCCAUCUGAGGGGUCGAGGAAGGACAGUGUAUGGGGCAGUCCGGGCAGUACCUCCCACAGCCAUCCCUGCCUACCCAGGUGUGGUUUACCAGGACGGAUUUUACGGUGCUGACCUCUAUGGUGGAUACGCAGCCUACAGAUAUGCACAGCCUGCUACUGCAACAGCAGCCACGGCCGCUGCAGCCGCUGCAGCAGCUUACAGCGAUGGUUAUGGCAGGGUGUACACAGCAGAUCCUUACCACGCCCUUGCCCCUGCCGCUAGCUACGGAGUUGGCGCUGUGGCAAGUUUAUACCGAGGUGGCUACAGCCGAUUUGCCCCCUACUGAAGUGACGUGAGCCCCCUGCAAGUGGGACAGCCCCCCCAGUUCAUGAGGCCUGGCUAUUGCAAUAUUUACUAGUAGAGGAACUCUAUAGCAAGAUGAGGAGGAAAAACAAAAAAAAAAAAAACAAAAGAGAAAAUACUUUUUUAUACCUCACUAUGUUCUUUGAAUAUGUAUUUUUUUUCCUUUAAAUUUCUGCCUUUAAUUCUUUUGUUCC